CGUCCACUCCCAGGGGCGGCGCCUUAUCAUCCCAGUCGGAAGUAGUGAUUUGUGUUCCUUCGAGAGGGGCUUCUCCCUAGCGUACUCUGCCCUCUCUCUCUUGUUUGUGUAGUUCGUAGUUCCUUGUUGUGAUGGCGUAAGGUUCAAGUGGUGUUAAAGUGGUGGCAACAACAACAGCGGCAAACAACGGUUCCCAAUUACUCCUCCCCAUAUUCAUCCGCGCCCACUCCCCGUGAAAUGGCAGCAAACGAUCGGCAAUACAUCGCUACGCUCGACGUUGGCACAACGACGAUUCGGUGCAUCAUCUACGCAGCCCCAACAAACGGACAACCGGUCACGGUCGGCACCGCCUAUGAUCAUGUUGAUUUGAUCUACCCUGCUCCAGGGUGGGUUGAAAUAAGCCCCGAAAAACUGUGGACCAGUGUGCUGCAGGUGAUCCGACAGGCGACGGAAGAUGCCAACCUGAAGAUCGAACAGCUCACCUGCUUGGCGAUAGCGACGCAGCGGAACAGCUUUACCUGCUGGAAUCGGAACACGGGCCAGGUGUAUCACAACUUCAUCACCUGGAAGGAUUUGCGGGCCGAUCAGCUUGUGAAGGACUGGAAUGAGAGUUUCACGCUCCGGCUGCUGAAAUUCGGUGCAAGCGUGCUGCAUUUCGUUACCCGCAGUAAACGGUUUCUGGCGGGCAGCGUGAUCAAGCUGAUGAAUCCACAGAUCACGCUACGGUUGGCCUGGGUGCUGCAGAACAAUCCUUCCGUGCAGGAGGACCUAAAGCUCGGCAGCGUUCUGUACGGGACGAUCGAUUCCUGGCUCCUGUAUCGUUUGCGCCAGGGCACGGAUCUUACGAAGCAGGUGGAGCAUAUAAGCGAUGUGACCAACUGCACCUCGACCGGAAUUUACGAUCCUUUCGGGCAAGAGUGGGCCGGUUGGGCAUUAAAUCUGUUUUCCAUUAAGAAAGAGCUGCUACCGAAGGUGGUGGACAAUUCGUACGACUUUGGCCACGUGCACGAGACGCUGCUGGGAGCGAGAAUCAAAAUAGCCGCCUCGGUAAGCGACCAGGCGGCUUCGCUGUGGGGCAACUGUUGCUUCGAGCGGGGCGACGUGAAGAUCACGAUGGGUACGGGCUCCUUUCUGAACGUGAACACUGGAACAAAGUGCCUUGCCUCGGUGCACGGGCUGUAUCCGCUGAUCGGCUACAAGCUGCAAGGCGGAGCUGGUUCGCCGCCGGACAUUAUCUACCUCAUGGAGGGCUCGUCCAACGAUACGGGCUCCAUCAUCGAAUGGGCCCUCAAUGUGGGUUUGUUCGACGAUCCGGCCGCAAGUGCCGCGAUGGCCCUAUCGGUGCCCAACUCGGACGGUGUCCUCUUCGUACCAGCGUUCAGUGGACUUGGUCCACCGAUUCGUGACGAUACUGCCGGAAGUGGAUUCAUUGGCAUUAAGCCUUCCACGCGCAAAGAGCACAUGGUGCGCGCUCUGCUGGAAAGUCUCGCGUUUCGCGUGGCCCUCCUGUACGACUGUGCGCUGCGGGAAACGGGCUUCUCCUUCACCUGCAUCCGGGUCGAUGGAGGGGUUUCGAAGAACGAUUUCAUCUGCCAAACGCUGGCCGAUCUGACCGGGAUCGAGGUGGAACGGGGCGAGGUGGCAGACUCGUCCGCACUGGGGGCAAUGUAUAUGGCCGGGCUGAACUGUGGCAUCUGGAGCACGAAACGGCAGCUGGCGGAGCUAAGGAAGGGUAUCGAUAUCAAUCAUAAGUGGGACCGCAAGGUCCGUCGUACUCGGCCAAAGUCGUUGGACGUGUACCUUUCGCUGCUGGUGAAGCUGUACCGCUUCCUGUACCGACGCACGAAAAAGAAGUUCAACAAGAUCGUGAUGCGUCGUCUGUUCAUGAGCCGCACGAACCAUCCGCCCAUGUCGCUCAACCGUGUGGCCCAUCUGAUGAAGCUGCGCGGCAAGGACGAGAAGUCGGUCGCCGUCGUGAUCGGCACCGUGACGAACGAUGUGCGCAUGAUGGAUGUGCCGAAGCUGAACGUGUGCGCACUCCGCGUGACCGAUAAGGCCCGCCAGCGCAUCCUGAAGAACGGUGGCAAGAUCUACACGUUCGAUCAGCUGGCGCUGCUCUCCCCGACCGGAAGGAACACCGUCCUGAUGCAGGGCAAGCGAACCGCCCGCGAGGUAUUCAAGCACUUCGGCCGUGCGCCGGGCGUGCCGCACUCCAACACCCGCCCGUACGUGCAGUCGAAGGGCCGCAAGUUCGAGAAGGCUCGCGGUCGUCGCAGCAGCUGCGGUUACAAGAACUAAGCCUACUGCUGGUUCGAUUGUCACGGCGACGGCGGCGGCGAUGGCGGUUUGGAUUGCACUUCCUCAGAACAACAACAGCAGCAACAACUACGAUAACAUUCGGGAAAGCCACCGAAGAAGUGCAACGCAAAUCGUGUUCUAUUUUGGUGUAAGUAGGCGUUGGUGAAGAGAAAUACAAGGAAGAAAGAUCGAUUCCAACAUGAAA